AUGGCGGCGACUCCGGCGAGCGGCGGCGGCGGCGCGUUUAUCGGCCGAUUGGAGGGUCGCUUGUUUAUUCCACGGGAGCAGAAGGCUCCACAAUCGCUUGUAUCUGAUAUUCAUGUAGCCCCAAUUGGCACUGUUCUCGCUCAAGGCAUGAACUCAAAGAAGAAGCAUGAAAUUGAAAAUCUAGCUGCGGUGGUUCAUGCAAUUGCAAAGAAGUGCGGAGCGAAUACAGUGGUUGAUGUAGGUUCUGGCCAGGGUUAUCUCGCACAGUCUUUGUCUUUUGAGUACCAACUCCCUGUUGUAGCGAUAGAUGCUUCAUCACACCAUGCAUCAGUUACAAGUGCUCGUGCAGAGAGAAUAAAGAAGCACUAUGCUGCUAAAUGUGUGGAGAAGCAACUGCUCACGGUACCUAGGACUGUCACCUGUCAUGUUCUUUCUAGUGACACAUUGGCAGCAGUCACGUUAGAUGCAUGUAAGGAUGACCAUGGUGAACACGUGAGAGAAACUAAGGCUUCCACUAAGAAAAUCACUCAAAUUCAGGAACCAACUCAAGGCAGCCCUCCAUUAAUCCUAGCUGGUCUUCAUGCAUGUGGUGAUCUUUCAGUUAACAUGCUAAGGUUGGUGUUUGUGAAAGUUUUUCUGCCCUGCGAACAAGUAAAAGCAUCGGUAAGUGUUGGCUGCUGUUACAACUUGCUUUCUGAGGAUUCUAAUGAGGACACAGACACCUGCCCUGGUUUUCCUAUGAGCAAGGCUGCCAAACUGUCUGAACUGGUGCUAGGGAAAAGCAUCCAUGACCUUGCUUGUCAGGCACUCAGCAUAAACAAGAUACCAAAAGAGGUAUCUGUUUGGUGGACUUAG